GCUAGUUCACCCCAUCAACCUCUCUCCCAGGCUGAAGACGGCAGGAGAGGAGACACCCUGGAAACGAGUUUGUCUCGUUGUCAAGGUAGUGACGAACCUUGUCGGAAGUAUCUUUCCGAGAAACUCUUUGUGAUAUGAAAGAAACAAUUCUGAGAAUUUUCUUCCACUUCCUAAAUGCUCCAGUUUCCCAGAAUCUCGGACGAUGACGUCAAGUGCAAUGAUUUGACUCCUUAAAGGGAGACGCUAGGGUGACAAAGCACACUGAGAAGGAGGAACUACAUUUCCCGUCACUGAAAUCAGACAGUAGUGUCCCCAGAAGCGCCAUGGCGGAAGCAAGUGCGAGUUCUCCCACUAAUUCAGGGAAAAUAGCUCUAGAUCAUGGCAAAUUUUAUAAAUAUGAGUCUAUACGCAUCGAGUGGACCAAACACUUUGAGAAUCAUUACUUUGAUGAAGUUCAUGUGGUGAAAGGAUUCUUCAAAACAUUCCACCGCACUCACAAACGAUUUCAGUUUGUAGUCGCAGAGCUCUUCGAUGAGACAACUCAUCUUGUAGUUCGCGCUGAUGACUACCGAGGGAUCAAAGAAGAAUUGGAGCGGAGAACGAAGAAAAGUCUGCCUGAAGUUAGCCAUGUCUCGGGCGUGAAGAUUAUGGAAGAUAGAAAGUCUUUCCUUGACUUUGAGUCACACCGAGAGUUUUCCAUGUCCCUGAAAAAUGAGAAUGACAAAAUAAGACAGAGAAGGAAAGAAGAAGCGAAGAAACACGCAGAUAUAUUCCGUGACUCACUGAAAAGCAAGCCUUGCCCACGCGUUUUGGCGUUUGAUGUGGAAACCUAUGAACACAAUAAAGUUACAGUCCUUGAAGUUGGCUACGUCAUGGCACAAAUUGACAAGCCGGAAGAGCAGGAAGCGUUCCAUUACAUCAUCGAGGAGAAUCUCCACUAUUCAAACAAAGACUACGUCCCUGACAACCGCGAGCGAUUCAAAUUUGGUUCCUCAAAGCGCAUGUCUCUUGUGGAGGCCGCAGAGAAGUUCCAGCAGCAUAUCGCCGACGUAGAUUUUUUGGUGACCCACGCUGGCCAUAAUGAUGAACAGUACCUUGCGGGGUGUGGCAUCUCUUUAGAAGGAAGGCAGAUAUUUGAUACACAGAUGCUGGCCUCGGCUUUGAUGACCGGUGGUCCUCAGACUUACAGCCUCAAACGAUUGCUGGGUGACUUGGCCAUCGAGUAUGACGAGGGUAUUUUACAUAACGCAGGGAAUGAUGCAGUGUACACACUGAAGGCGUUCCUCAGUCUCAGCAAGAAGAUUUAGCCUUCAAACUUUUCCAGCUUAUUUACAUUUUAGUAUUGUACGUUGAACUAUGCAGCGAACCGAUUUUAAAUUUGAGUUAGUAAAUAUUACAUCAAAUUUUA